AUGAACAUCACCCAAACAUUGGCUCUCCGCUCCCAACGCUGGUUUGCUUGGCUCAGAGCUGGCUUUCUUUUCUCCUGUGCCUCUCUCUCCCCUUCUAAUAUGUUUCAGCAAGCCCACCCCGGGCCCUUGCAGUUUGUUCAGCCCAUUUGGACCAACACAUCUACCAGAGACCAGCUCGGAAUGUUUCUUUCAGGUAAGGCGAAUGUCGGUAACGAUAUCCCCAUGACCAGCAGUGCCGCCUCCUUUCCAAGGCCAUGCAGUUGGACUGUUUUGAUAGACCCCAUUCAAUAUCGCUCUGUGAAAUUGGCUCGCAAACAUGUUGUUAAAGCCCUCUGGGCAGGGCUCAGGACUCAAGAGACUCACCUCGGGCUAGUAUCCAUUGGCGAAGCGCAGACGUACCUCAAACCACCAAGGAGAAGAAGUCAGCAGGGCGCAAGUCGUGCGAGUGUGACACAGGAAGAUGCUUCCCCGAACUUGCAUCCAUCCUCUAUGUGCCCUCUCAAUGUGCGUGCUGUGCCACCUUGCCUUGGCUUGCCUAGCCCCUCCAAAUUGUUCCAAUAA